CUCAUUCAGUUCGUGGUCUGCGGAACCGAUUCGGCCAACAAUUGCAACGAUUGGAACCGCGAGGACCAGACCCUCCAGAAGUGCAUGGAGUGGUUGGCCACCAACGGGUCCACCGCCCACUUGAAGGCCAAACAGUAUAAGCCGUCAGAAAGGAGUGAAAUAUUGAAUGGCUUUCACAAAGCGAUUGAAUCGCUAGCAGUUCCCACACAUCUUCAGGACUGCCACCAACACAAGGCCUCCAAAGAGCCGGCGAUGGAUCUGAACGGCGGACGAAUUGUCUGUAUUUCGGCGUUUCGUAACGACUCUCACAUCAAAUCGAUUGAGGAUUCGGUGAAAGAGUUGAUAACAGAGAGGAAUGAAUUGAUUGUCAAACAGAGAAAAGUGGACACAAGUUGUCGUUUACUGACAAUCAGUUUCUGUGAAUUGGUUUUCAUUAAUACGUUUCCCAUCGAAGACCAGUCGAUGACAUCGAAGAUAAUGGAAAUACCUCGACAUGAAUUGAAUGGAUUGGUGUCAUCGGAGGUUCAUUCGGUGAAAUCGGGCCGCUUUUUGGCCGCAAAGCUCUCGUAUCUGGUGUUAAGUCACUACUCGUUGGCGUCGACGACAGUCACCGGUAUUCCUAUGAAAGAGGAGCAAAACGCCAGCUCUUCGGCCAACUAUGACGUGGAGAUCGUCCACUCGUCCGAAGCGCACACCGACUCCUUCAAGACUGGACUCAUCAGCACUGAAGGCGUGUGUGUGAAGACCUUCCGCGAGGGCUUCUCCUACGACACCAUUACACUCAAGUGGUGUACCCCGAGAACUAAUGCAGUGGAACUCCAUUACUGCACGACUGCCCAUCGGAUCACUUCAGUCGAUGUAAACAGUCGACCGGCCAGUUGUCUCACGAACUUCCUAUUGAGUGGGAGGACUGUUAUGUUGGAAAUGCCGCGCCUGAAGGGCACAAAAAUCAUGUCUCAUAUGCUGUCCAGUCAUUGCGGAGAACUAUAUAUCCAUACGUUAGGCACCGGGAGAUCAACGCUGGAAGACCCGCCCUCUAUAAGCGAGGGAAGUGGUGGCCGAGUGACGGACUACCGGAUCAACGACUUCGGAGAAAUGAUGAAAAGGAAUCGUUUGGUGGCCUGUCGUCACCACCAGAGCGCUAACAAAGAGGUGUUGUUCCCCAUCGAGAAGUCGAAGCAAUCGUUGGGAAAGCAAACCAUUUACUGGCCGCUCGUCAUCGGGAAUACAAUCCUAUAUAACAUUCAAAUCCAAAUCCAAAACUUCUUGCAUUUAGUGCCCAAAGAGUACUUAACCGAAGAGGAAGUACUCGAAUGCAAGAAAUCAAUCUACCAUUUGGUGGGAAUGGAGAGCAAAGGCACGAAUCUACCGGUGCCUACCAUUGGCAUCAAAGGAAAGGGACCCAAACGGGAAGAGUUAUACCGAAUGGUAUGGAAUGAGAUGGAGUACUUCGUGCGCUCGUAUUGUGUCACUCCUGAACACCAGUCUAUUCUGACAUGUCUUCUGGAGUGUCGAUCCAAACCAGACCCUCACUCGUCGUCGACCACCCCUUCUGUGCGCACGACUACAGCCGACGCCACCGACGAGUCGACCAAAACUCAAUCAAAUGGCACCAAACCUAACGAAAGCGAGUGGGCCUGGAAGGAGAGCUACGACUGGGGCAGACAUGACAUCAUACCCAUGAAUGACACUCAAAACAGUUCCAAAGUAAUGGAAGCGCCGCUCAAGAAGUUUAAGGCCAAUGGAGUCGAGUCGUCAAACAAGAGUCUAUCGACGGCUUCGCAGUCAUUGCUAAUGUAA